AUGGCCGACAACACCUCUUCAAACGGGACCUUCUGCACACGGGACAGCGCGGUGGAGAGUCACAUGUACCCCACCGGCUACUCUUUAUUCUUCAUCAUUGGGUUUCCAGCAAACUGUCUGUCGCUGUACGUGGCCUGGAUGCUUACGAAGAGAGGCAACAAUCUGGCGGUGUAUCUCAUCUGUCUGUCUGUGGGAGAUCUUCUCUAUAUCUUGACUCUACCCGUCUGGAUCGCGAUGGCACUCGGACACCCGGUGGACGACUGUCUGUGCAGCAUCGUCGCAGCCGUCAUGUACAACAGCUUCUACGUGGGUUCUGGAUUUCUGUGCUGUAUUUCUAUGGACAGGUACUUGGCCAUCGCGUUUCCUCUUCAUUUCUCCAGGGUGAGAGAGGUGAGGACGGCGGUGCUGGUGAGCAUCCUCGUCUGGACGCUGGAGAUUGUGGUUCACCUGAGUCUUCUGGCUCACACGGGGACGAUCGGGAGCUUUUGUAGCCGUCGUACGUGUGUGGCGCCGAUGCCCCUGAGGGUCGCUGACGGCCGCGAGGCCAUGAUCCGAGCCGUGCUGGGGUUCCUGAUUCCAGCGCUCAUCAUGACGUUCUGUUUUCUGGAGAUCAACAGGGCGCUGAGGAGAAGCCCGUCUACUGUGUUCAGUGAACGCAGGAAGAUUUGUUGUCUUCUUCUGUCUCUCCUCUUCACGUAUCUGGUGUCUUUUACGCCCUUCCAGGUGGUGAUGUUCAUCCGGGCGCUGCAGGAGAAGGAAAACGGCUGCACCACCCAACUUAUGAGAGAUCUUUACAUGGUGUUCGUGGCAACGACAACAAUCAACAGUGUUUUGGAUCCCAUCAUUUACUGCCUCGUGAGUGAAAGUGCCAAAACAGAAAUGAAAAAACUUUUUCUGAACUGCGAGCAACAAUUGAGCAGGAUUUACUCAUCUGUUGUUAAACCACAGUGA